AUGGGCAGUGAUCAUUACUGCUUGAGGUGGAACAAUCAUCAAUCCAACCUUCUCGGGGUGUUCGCCCAAUUGCUGCAGGACGAGAGUCUGGUGGACGUGACGCUCGCGUGCUCCGACGGUGCCACCAUCCGAGCCCACAAGGUUGUCCUCUCGGCCUGCUCCUCGUACUUCCAGUCGCUGUUUCACGACUUCCCGGCCCGGCACCCGAUCGUCAUCCUGAAGGACGUCCACCUGGCCGAGCUGCGCUCGUUGGUCGACUUCAUGUACAAAGGGGAGGUAAAUGUUGAGUACUGUCAGCUUUCGCCACUGCUAAAAACGGCCAAAUCGCUCAAGGUCAAGGGUUUGACGGAGAUGACCAACCAGAGCAGUCCGCUGACGGAGACGAGGCUAGAUCCUGAGCGACUGAGAGCACACAGCAGCAGCAGCAACAGCAACAGCAACAGCGGCAGCGCCAGCCAUGGUCACGUGGUGGGCCCCGGCGGCGGCCCCGGCGGCGCUGCCCUUACCGCCACCCCCGAAACCAUGCUCCUGCCGACCAACCUGUCGAGGAGUUCCCCAACAACUACGACGACGACGACGACGACGGCGACGGUUACGACGUCCGCUACCGCUGCUACGGCCACUACGACGGCGACGGCGGUCGCACUGAUAGCGACGUCGACUUCGCCGGCGGCGACGCACCACGGUCGUCAACAGCAACAUCCGGCAAACGUCGGCGGCGUCGGCGGCCACAAUUACUACGGCGGCGUCGAGCGUGUCGCAUCACCACCACCUCCAUCAGAAACACCACCCCCACCACCAUCAUCACCAACAUCAAGAGCCGCCAGAGUUCAGCCACCAGCGGCUCAGUUCCGGAGUCGCAACCUCCAUAAGAGCCGACUGCAGGAAGAGGAGGAAGAGGAGUCGCUGCAGGUCCCACCGCCGCCGCCGGACAGUGAGGAAGAGGACGGCAGGGGCGGCCGGCACCACCGGCCCACGACGCCCGUGACGCGCAAAACCGGAAGUUCCCCGUUCACCUCGAUCGCGGCCCUAGCGGCGGGGGGCAACACCCCGCAGCUGAUACGACGAACCUCUCCGACGACGACGACGCAACACCACCACCACCGGCUAGUGAUACAGAGUCCUCCACCGUCGGGCGGCUGCAGCAUUCUACCCUCCCAGCUGGCCGUCGCCGUCAUCAGCAGUGCGCUGGGUGACGCAGAGCGGAACGAAGCACCGCCGGUGGACGAGAACGUGGAGGGUGAACGGCAGGACGAAGAUCCUAGUGGCCGUCAUCAUAGGCGUAGCGGGAGCGGUGGCCGAUCGAAAGCGGGCGAUGAGUCGCUGGUCGGUACGACGACGACCAGCACGUUGGCGGCUCAGCUCCCUAGCGGAGAGGAGGAAGACAGCAGCCGGCACCACCACCACCACCGGACGUCGUCGUCGACGACGCCUCCACCCCGCAGUCGAAGCAAUAAUCUCGGUCUGGUGAUAGAAGGAGAAGGAGUAGCAGCAGCCGUCACCGCCGCCCGGCAUUAUGAGAGGCCGCCGGAGCGAUUGCUGCGCCUGCCGGACGAUGAGGAUGAGGGAGGUGGAGGUGGCAGGCGGGAUGAGGCGGGAGUCACGACGGUGACCGAUCGAGGAGCGAUCGCUACGACGACUACGGAGAGGACGGUGGUUGAGACUGGAGCUGGAGAGCAGCGGCGGCUUUCGAUCGCCGCCGCCGCCGUCGGUCCCGAUGACGACGUCGAGGAGCGACGACACCACCACCACCACCACCAUCCCAGCUUGCUGCGAAAUGUGAUCAGCACAACCGAACAGGACGAUGACGAUGAGGAGGAAGACGAUCAGGACGGUGGUGGCGGUGGCGAGCAGGAGGAGGAACAUCAGCACCACGAGCGGGAGGGAGAGGAGGACGAUGAGGAUGAGGAUAGUGAUGUGGCCGCCACCACCGACCUACUGGUGGCGGCGGUAGCGGCAGCCGCUCAUGCCGACGCCGUCGGGCGGCGAGCGGCGGACGGUCCCGAGCCACCACCACCCGAACCGAUUGACGAGGAGGAGGUGGAGGGUGAGGAGAAGGACUGUGGGGAGGUACGACGGGGCCGGGUCGAACGAGAUGAGGACGAUGACGAUGAUGACGAUGAGGAUGAGGACGAUGAAGAUGAGCCGGACGAGGAUGAGGAGCCGCAUGAUCUGCACAUCGGUAGCACCGCCGCUACGAGCAGCAGCGGGAGUGGCAGUGGCAGCGGCAGUAUCCUUGGCUCGAGCCGUCACCUACUGCACCACCUACCACACCACCACAACCACCACAACCACCACCAACAACAACAUCACCAGCAGCAACAGCAACAUCUGGUGGCGGUGGCUACCGUGGCUCACAGCGGGGAUCUGAUGGCCACGAAACUGCUACGGACGGCGGAGCAGCACCACCACCAUCAACAGCACCACCACCACCAACACCAUCAUCGGUCCCAGCAGCGGCGCAAGCGCUCGUCCGACGACGAGCACGACGCGCACCAGCAACAGCAGCAGCAGCACGGUGGCAGUAGCAAACCCGGUAACAACAACAACAACAACAACAACAAUAGUAGUAGCUUCAGUAACAACUCCGAGGACGAGUACGAGCCGCCGGUGAAGAUCAAGAGCGAAGUCGACUUUUCGGCGUUUUCGGGCCUGAACAUGACGCUGAAUGCGGCCGCUGCGGCGGCUGCUGCGGCGGCCGCUGCUGCAGCCAGCACGACCUCACCGGGCAGCAGCCUGUCGGCGACGUUGAACGCGGCCGCUGCUGCCGCCGCCGCCGCCGCCACGGCCUCGUCUGCCCCUGGGACACCGGGGGUUCAGCUGCUGCCGGCGGACCUGCGGCCAUCGUCCCGCGGUGGCCUUACCGCCGAAUCUCUCAGCGGUGGUGGCGGCACAGGCUCGGCGCUGGCGACGUCGCCGGGCAAGAAUGCCGCGGCGGCUGCAGCGGCCGCCGCCCUGGCCGUCUUCAACGCGAGCGGCCUGCAGAGCCCGCUGAACGCUGAACCGAUCGCCGGCCCAUCCGGCAUCAUGGGCCCGGUGCAGCAGGUCCCCUUGUCGCUGAAGAAGGAGAUCGAUUGGGACCGGGCCGACGACAAGUCGUCCGGCGAGAGCUCGCUGGACUUUCGCCAUCCGCACGACUCGAACCUGGGCAGCUUUCUGCUGGGCUCGAGCGGGUAUCCACGGUCGGGCAUGAAGUCGGCACCGCCGGCACCGACCGGCAUCAUCGGGUUCCCGGGGGCGGCCGUCGGUGCGAUUCCGUUCGUCUUCCCGUUCGCUCCGCUCGGGCUGGGGCUAUUCGAGACCGACCCGCAGCGGUUGCUGGCGAUGCUCCAGCACCAGUCGGCCCUGGCGGAGGAGGCCCUCCGCUACCGCAGCCUACUGCUCGACGGUGGCGCUGGCGGCUCAUUUGGUGGUCCGGCGGCCACCGGCGCUGCCGGUUUGCCGUCGGCAGAGGACUGCAAGCAGGACCGCUCACUCGAGCUGAACCACCAUCAGCACGCGCAUCGACCGGUGACGGCAGUGAAGUCAUCGUCGUCGACGGCCACCGCAACGAUCAUUCGCGUCCGGGACGGGCUCACCAAGGAGAGCUUCCGGAGCCGGAUGGCCGACGAGGAGCUGCUACUGCAGAAGCCUCCCAACCUCCAACCGGCGAGCGGAGUGAGUGCCGAGUCCACCCGUCUACGAGCUUCGUCCUCGGCGGAGCUGUUUCCUGCGAUCGCCGCUGCUUCAGCCGAGAAGGCUCCGCCGGCGCCACUGGUGGACCCGGAUAACACCAAGUGUCACAUCUGCAUGGCCAACUUCCCGUCCGCGUGGCUGCUCGAGCAGCACUCGGCCCUGCAGCACCCGCACCUGACGAUCCACGACGACAAGCCGUACCACUGCGGGCUGUGCGGACAGCGGAGCCGGUACGCCUGCUGCCGCUACCGGACCGUGCUGUCCAAGCCCGGCCAGCGCUCGGCCGAACCCGGCGGUCGGAGCCGGGUCCCGGCGGACAAGCUGUUCACGUGCGAUGUCUGCGGUAUGCAGUUCCGAUAUCUGAAGUCGUUCAAGAAGCACCGCCUCAACCACGCCCUCGAGCGGCUCCACGGCAAGAAGGGCACGGUGGGGGUGCCGGGGGGCUGCGGGCUCACGUCCAGCCCACGGCCCAGCCACGGUCCGGACAGUGAGCCGGCCGUGUCCAGCACGAACGCCGAGUCGGAAGGAUCAUCCGGUGUCGUCGUCGCCGAUCUGCGCGGUCUCCUCGAGGGUGGUGGUGGUGGGGGCCGGGGAGCUAGCGAGGAGCAGGACGAUACGGUGUCGGACUCGGUACCGGUCACGACGACCGCCACCGGCCAGACGGACGACACGCAGCCCAAGAUCACCAGCAGCAGCAGUAGCAGCAGCAGCAGCCAUAAUAGCGAAGGCAGUAGCAGUGGCAGCAACAGCCCCAUCAACAGCACUAGCACCACCACCAGCACCACCACCAGCACCACCAGCACCAUGGUCCAGCUGCCGUCCGUGGGCUGUCAGGGAUUCGCCAGCACCGGCAGUGGUAGCUCCUCGGGGCCGGCCCUCCAAGUCGUCGACUGCUCGGAGGUUCUACUACCGCCACCGAGCACCGUAAACAGUGAGCAACUGAAGCAACGCCUUCCCCAUCAGCAUGAGCACCAGCACGGUUCCAUAGGCCUCAGCCAGCAGCAGCAGCAGGAGUCCCUCAGCCACACGCUGAACAGUCUGAUCAACGCGGAGACCAUCCCGCACCACCGGCUGCUGGGGUUGGACCCGCAGGAGGCCUCCAUCCUGAACUUCCUGCGCGUGGAUGCGGCCGAGAAGCAGCGUGACAGGCGCUUCGCCUGCCCGUUCUGUGGCAAGUGCGUGCGCUCGAAGGAGAACCUCAAGCUGCACGUCCGCAAGCACACCGGCGAACGCCCGUUCGUGUGUCUGUUCUGUGGACGCGCCUUCGGUGGCAAGUCGGACCUGACGCGUCACCUACGCAUCCACACCGGCGAGCGGCCGUAUCACUGCGAGGCGUGCGGCAAGUGCUUCGCCCGGGCCGACUACCUGUCGAAGCACCUGACCACGCACGUCCACCAGAUGUCACCCCGUCCGUGA